AUGUGGACCAGGAGACACCUCGUCUUCGUCGUCAUCGUCUUUGCUUCCUCACUAUAUCUCCUUUCUUCCAAUCAGCACGUAGAGCAAGUCUCAGCCAACCUACGUGGCUUGACCAAGCAUAAGUCAUCACCCCCUUCGCCCUUCGACGUCCUUGAGACCGCAAACCACGACACCCGAAUCUCAGAGACGACACUACCUCUCGGUGCACCAGCUCCUGGGUUCACAAUAUUCGACCGCCUAUACGUGCGGAACGGCACUUUUUUCGCCGUCACUCAACGUCCAGAGCAGUACCCGGACUUGAUAUACGUUCUCUCUCAAGGAAAGAACAAAGGUGGUCCGGACAAUAUCGACCCAACCCCUCGAGAGAUGCAAGUGAUAACACCAACCCAGGCGAAGGACAUUCUCGGCGAGUACGCGACGGUCAUCGAAGGAACAUCGAUCAUUCUAUAUGAUACGUCCCAAUUCAUGGCGCACUAUUACCACUGGUGGGGCGAGAUUAUGCUGGGUGCCAUGCGACUCUACUCGGCGCUGUCGUUCAUGCCAGGAAUAGAAACGCCGCUUCCUGUGCCCUCGAGGUUCCUUCUCCCGAACGUCCCCGACAUGAGCUGGCGCGACAAGGCAGGUGUCAACGGACCACUUAUGCACGCAGCAUUCCCUUCAUCAUCCAUCGAACGUUCGGACUACUGGAAGGACCUGAGUGAUAUCGAUCAGGCAUAUGUCUUCGAACGGGCCAUGCUCGUCAGCAGGGUGGCUGCUCACAAGAGCCCGCUCGCCACUAUAUGGUUCAAGAUGAUUUCAAGCACCAUGAACGUGACUGCUGCUGCGAACUUCUGGGAGCCUCUUCGACGGCGUGCCGUCCAGAAUAUGAUAGGCUAUCUUCCGAUGAUGAACGAGGCCGGCACUGUCAUGUCCCCUCCGACGUCAUCGGCUCCUAUCGUCAUCUAUGUCUCGAGGCAGGGUGGAGGACGAAGAUUGAGGAAAGAAGACGAUGAAGACCUCGUCAACGGGCUGAAGGAGCUGGAGAGAGAGGGUAUCUGCGAGCUGCUUGUGGCGAAGAUGGAGACGAUGAAGUUCAAGCGUCAGAUCGAGGCCGUGGCACGUAGUACGAUCAUGGUCGGCGUCCACGGGAAUGGCCUUACUCACCAAAUUUGGAUGCCUCCCUCGGCGCGUUCAACUGUUAUCGAGAUCUUUUAUCCUGAAACCUAUCUUCAUGAUUAUUCGAUGCUGGCUCGAAAUAUGGGACACAAGCAUUACGCGGUCUGGAACGAUACGACGCUGACAUAUCCAGCUGGGCAAUGGUUCAAGGGCGUCAACGAAGGAACGAGAGAUAAUUUUCACGGAAAUUCCAUCCCCGUUCAUGGCAAAACCGUGGCAGACCUAGUUCGGCAGCGCCUCAGCCUAGACGUCGUGUCAGAUUUUUGA